AAUGAUUUUUUCAGUUAUUUAAUUAAUUUAUUGUUGUGUGGACGGCACCCGUAAUGUCCCGGUCUGAAUAAAUGUAAGUAACACCCGUGGUUACGUCAGUCGUCGCGAUGGACGCUGUGAUCGGUAACAUGCGGACAACUAUUGGAACCAGCGUGAGAAAAAUCUUCUCAAAUAACCCUGGGAAUAAAAAUAUUAAUACAGACAAAGGCCUGAACAAUGGACAGGACGCUAAAAUGUCACUGUGCCAGAUCUGUGAAACUGAAAGCUGCGAUGUUCCCUUCAUUGUUCGAGAUAUUUGCAAAUUCAUCUCUCAGAAAUCAAUCAAAUUGGAAGGGAUUUUCAGGGUCAGCGCUCCAGUUCGGCAAAUAAACGAACUGAGGGAUUUAUACGAGUCAAAUACAAACCUAAGAGAUGAUAUGCUACUCAACCAGGAAGUUACUGAGGUCACAGGUCAUGCUGCGGCGGGAUUGUUGAAGCAAUUUUUCAGGCACCUCACAGAACCGCUCAUCCAUGGAGAAAUUCUUCAGGUUUUUCUCGAUAGUAAGACUAUCUCCGACAAAGAUUUCUGUGAAAAAGUCAGUCGCUGCAUGGACAAAUGGCCGCCGCCUCAUAGAUGCACUUUGACGUUCCUGCUAACGUUUCUCCACACUGUGGCACAAGAGAGUGAGAAUAGGAUGAGCGUCAAUGGACUUGCAGUCGUGUUUGGCCCGAAUGUUUUCAGAUUACCUGAUGGGGUAGAAGGACUGCAAGCCCAGGCUAUUGCUAAUCAGACUUUUGACAGGUUGCUUUCAUGCAGUCACAUUUUGUCGAAAAAACAGACACCUGUUCUCAAAAAACGUGAACCUCCUCCCCGGCCUGCCCCGCCCGCUUUUCGUCCUUUACCCCCCACUCCACUUGAAGAAUCUUUAUUAAGUGGGGAAACUUGUGAGCAAAAAGAAUCAGAAGUUUCAGUUGAAAAACCAGUUCCCGCAGUUCGUACUUCAAUCGGAAACCUUAACAAUGACAAAAAGCAAGCUUUGAAUAUAAAUGCCAUGAAUCAAUUUGAAGCCAUGCCUUAUAUUGAUGCCACACCAGACACUGGCGUUACAAAUAAUACUUUGGACAAAUCUGACAUUGUGCCUUGCAAUGGUAGCGCUGCACAACCAGAUGCCAUGCCACAAAAAAAUUUUGCCAUGCCACAAAUGACUGAUGUCACAACAAAUUACAAAAUGGAGUUGCCAGAAAAAUAUGGUGACAUGCCACAAAAAACAGUGGUUAUGCCACGUACUGAUGCCACACCAGCAUUUAUCGAUUCCACGCAAAUCUCUAAAAAUUCAUCAACAUCAUCAGAAGAAAUUCCAGAAGAAAUCUUGGAAACUUCAGAAUCAAUCGAGGAAGGAAAGAGUGAAAACAAAGCCGGGCAUUCACGCAACAUUCUCGACAACAUCAUUCGACAAAUAAUACAAACAAGGUUAUUUAAUAGUACCGAGUCAUCAUCUGUCAGCGAUGAAGCAGACUCAGCAUUAAAAACCCAUGAUCUGUUGCCAGCGACAACUGCGGGGAGAGUUGCUGGCCCAAGAAAUCGCCGACGUCCCGCUCGAACAAAUCGACUUUUGAAUAAUGUACACCUAGAGGACGACAGUGGCGAUGAUGAUGCUGUUGCCAAGGCAACAAACACAGAACAAAAUAAAACCGAUUAUGACAUCACUAUUGAAUCAGGGAAUUGUGAAAUGUCAAAUUUGAAAAGUCCACAAACUGUUGCUGUCACUUCAACUUCGACCUCUGUUGCCACGGUGAUGACCCCUGAUUCAGGAUGUAUCGUUGAAGAUUCAGAUUACCCUCGGAACUCGAGUCCUAUCAAAUCUGAACUGGCAAGGCUUGAUAUUGGUCGAAGUUUAAGCCCGGUUUAUAUUCCUAAAUUGGAUUUACGUAAUUCACUGGAUGAGGAGGAUAUGUCUAAGUUCAAAGACUCCCUGCUACCAUCUACUGGUGACAUUGUUCCACAGCUUGACCUAUCUUCGGUGACAGAAACAGUCGACAAUGCAGACGAUCUCAAACCUUUAAAAAAGAGGGAGCUAGACGCACAAAAAUUAUCCGAGACCAGUACACCACCUAAAGCAACCGCUAAGCAUGCCGCUACGAAACAUGGUGCAAGAAAAAAGAAGAAAAGGUCUUCCCAUAAUCAUCAGGUUUGA